CCCACGUCUCCACCACCACCCGCGCACUGGCGGCGGCGGCGGCGGCGCGGAUGGGGUUGGGCGCGUAAUUGCGCAGGUUUUCCGGAAGGCGCGGCGGCUGGCCAGACUGACUGGUAGGUACCCAGCAGAUUGCUACUACUAUGAAUAGAAUUUGCAUAUUUUCUUGCCGGGCUAGUGUUUCUAAGAAGCUCCAUUGAUGCUCAAGUAACAGUAGAGGAAAUAUGGAGCUGAUCAUCGUCAUUCUUGUCAUAGCGUCUCUGCACCCGUUCGCAGCGUCCGAUCGCCAAGGUGAUGCGCUAUAUGACAUGAAGCAGAAACUGAAUGCUACUGAGACACAGCUUACAGACUGGAAUCAAAAUCAAGUUAACCCCUGCACUUGGAAUUCUGUUAUUUGUGACAGCAGCAACAAUGUUGUGCAAGUAACGUUGGCUUCGAUGGGAUUCACUGGAGUUCUGUCGCCAAGAAUUGGAGAGCUUGAACACUUGAAUGUUCUGUCCUUGCCUGGUAACAAGAUUACUGGUGGCAUACCAGAGCAGCUUGGCAACCUAUCUAGUUUGACAAGCUUAGAUUUGGAAGACAACCUGCUUGUUGGAGCAAUCCCAGCUUCUCUUGGCCAUCUUACAAAGCUCCAACUCCUGAUACUCAGUCAAAACAGUCUGAAUGGGUCUAUUCCUGAUACCCUGGCAACCAUCUCAAGCUUGACAGACAUUCGAUUAGCUUACAACAGCCUCUCUGGUCAAAUACCUGCUCAACUAUUUGAAGUUGCACGAUACAACUUUUCUGGUAAUAACUUGACUUGCGGAGCAAACUUCGUCAACCCUUGUGCAUCAAGUACAUCUUACCAAGGUGCAUCCCGUGGUUCGAAAAUAGGCAUUGUCCUUGGAACAGUUGGGGGCGUGAUAGGGCUACUCACCAUAGGGGCUCUUUUUAUUAUCUGUAACGGAAGGAGAAAAGGCCAUCUACGUGAAGUAUUUGUUGAUGUAUCAGGUGAGGAUGACCGAAGAAUCGCAUUUGGACAGUUGAAAAGAUUUGCAUGGCGAGAAUUACAGCUUGCUACUGAUAACUUCAGUGAGAAAAAUGUUCUCGGACAGGGGGGUUUUGGGAAAGUAUAUAAAGGAGCACUUCCAGAUGGCACUAAGAUUGCGGUAAAGCGGUUAACUGAUUAUGAAAGUCCUGGUGGGGAGGCUGCCUUCUUGCGUGAAGUUGAGCUGAUUAGUGUUGCAGUUCACCGGAAUCUUUUAAGAUUGGUUGGCUUCUGUACAACCCAAACAGAACGUCUACUUGUUUAUCCUUUCAUGCAGAAUCUUAGUGUGGCUUACCGUUUGCGAGAAUUUAAACCAGAGGAACCAAUAUUAGAUUGGAACGCAAGGAAACGAGUGGCUAUAGGCACAGCGCGUGGACUGGAGUACCUGCACGAGCACUGCAAUCCCAAGAUCAUACAUCGUGAUGUCAAGGCUGCGAAUGUACUUCUUGAUGAAGGUUUCGAACCAGUUGUCGGCGACUUUGGCUUGGCAAAGUUGGUGGAUGUACAGAAGACAUCUGUGACGACACAAGUCCGUGGGACUAUGGGUCACAUUGCACCUGAAUAUCUGUCCACAGGGAAAUCGUCUGAGAGAACUGAUGUUUUCGGUUAUGGUAUAAUGCUUCUUGAAGUGGUCACUGGACAGCGUGCCAUUGAUUUUUCACGCUUGGAAGACGAAGAUGAUGUGUUGUUACUUGAUCAUGUCAGGAAGCUGCAAAGAGAAGGGAGGCUCGAUGACAUUGUCGAUCGGAACUUGAACAACAACUUCGACAGGCAGGAGGUGGAGAUGAUGAUGCAGAUUGCGCUGCUGUGCACCCAAGGGUCACCCGAGGACCGCCCCUCCAUGUCGGAGGUGGUCCGGAUGCUCGAAGGGGAAGGCCUUGCCGAGCGAUGGGAGGAGUGGCAGCAGGUCGAGGUGACGAGGAGGCAGGACUACGAGCGGAUGCAGCAGCGAUUUGACUGGGGCGAGGACUCCAUCUACAACCAGGAUGCAAUUGAACUGUCCACGGGCAGGUAGCAACAUCAGAUUGCUGUAGGUUGGGUUUCCAUCGCAGAUUCGCAGUAGCAACGAUGCCAUUCUUGGUAGCGAAACUAGCAGUAGUCGUAUAUAUAUUGUGGUAAGUCAGUGUUGCUGACUGUAUAUUAUACUGUGUGUAAUUAAGGAUGAUAUAAGAACCAUCGAUUUGUGUUGCCGGAGGUGUUAGCUAGGCAGCCAGCCUCCAUUCUGUAGAGUGAAAAGUAGAGAUGCUUGGCGAAGCCGAGCACAUACCCUGUUUCGUGCAUCACGUGCUUGUGUAGGAGUAAGUAAAUUGAUUGUCUGAGCCACCAUUGUGAGGUGGAAGUCUAAAGACCACAGAACAAAGGAGUACUAGUAGCAACUAUUUUUUCUCAAUUAUGAAAAGCAACAAGAACAUCUUGAUUUA